GGGAGAGAGAGACUCAAAAGGCUAACACUCAAAGCAAUCAUGGCAUCUCCCCUUUGGAAUCCACCGUACUUUUUUAUUUUUAUUUUUAAAACUUUUUCAGCUUUCAUCUUUUCCUUUCCCUAUAAAUUUCGAGAUGCUUCUCUUUUCCAUAAAUGUUUGCACAUAUAUAACCUACUUCCUUCUGAACCUUUGGUUGUCCCAAAAUUAGUUUCCUUCUGUUCAUAAGCCAAGCACCAGGAAACCUGUGAUCUUUGCCCAAUAAAAUGGGAGCCAUAAUUUGUGGUAUUGGUAAGCCAAGCAAGAAAAAGAGCUUGGAUGGGAAGCUUGAAAGGAAAAUAGCUGAAUUGAAAAGACAUAAAUUUGGACAAAGCAGAUUGAAAUCAAUUGAUAGCAUAGUUAUACUGUUCCCUAUGUUCAAGGAGAGAUUGAAAACUUUAAGAGGAAUGUUUGAACAGUAUGAUGAGGACUCUACUGGAUCUAUAGAGCCCAGUGAACUAAAAAGGUUCUUAGAACAUCUGCAACUUCAUCUUCCAGAAAAGGACAUUGAGGAUCUUUUUCAUUAUUGUGAUAUUGAUGGAAGCAAGGGCAUACAGUUUAAUGAAUUUAUAGCUCUUCUAUGCCUCAUCCAUAUCAUACAAGAACCUCCAUCCUCUGAUAAUUUAUUAAAGGAAGAGUUAGCACAGCUUGGAGAAGUUUUUAAUUCCAUAGUUGAAGCCUUUCUGUUUUUUGAUAAAAAUGGUGAUGGUAAGCUUAACAAGAAGGACAUGGUCAGGACAAUGAAUGAGACUAACCCUUGGGAAAGAUCCCCAGCGCGCAUCACUAAAGAACGAUUUCAAGAAAUGGAUUGGGACAAGAAUGGACAGGUCACAUUCAGGGAGUUCCUCUUUGGUUUCAUUAAUUGGGUUGGGAUUGAUGUUGAUGGAUAGAUGCAUGAAAGGAAGUUAUACCACAGAGAGGAAUGCUUGAAGUUAGAUUGUGUUGACUGUGUUUAACCUAGAUUGUUCUCAUUUCUUAAAAUUGUAUUGGAGGAAUUUAUACAAUUUGCUUGUGGCAUUGAAAAUUAGAAAAACUGAAGUAUGAAUAGAAUAGAUUGUGUUGACUGUGUUUAACCUAGAUUGUUCUCAUUUCUUAAAAUUGUAUUGGAGGAAUUUAUACAAUUUGCU